CGCCGCUCCGCUCGGGGGCUCUUCGCGGCUCCGGCGGGCUUGGGAUGCUGCAGCUGGCGUUGGGUCGCGGCUCUUCGGCUCCCGCUAGACUCCUGUCUGGUUCCACGAUGCCUAAGAAAGCCGGCGCGACGAGCAAGGGUAGAAACCAAACCAAGGAACCAGAGACACCACUUCCUCCUGCAGGGCCUGUGGCAACCGAUCCUAAAGGCUGUGUCACCAUCGCCAUCCAUGCCAAACCCGGCUCUAAACAAAAUGCUGUGACAGAUCUGACCACCGAGGCUGUUGGCGUGGCGAUCGCAGCCCCUCCAUCCGAGGGAGAAGCGAAUGCGGAGCUCUGUCGGUAUCUGUCCAAAGUCUUGGAGCUCAGGAAGAGUGACGUGGUUCUGGAUAAGGGUGGUAAAUCUCGGGAAAAGGUGGUGAAGCUCUUGGCCUCUACGACUCCAGAAGAGGUCUUGGAGAAACUGAAAAAGGAAGCUGAAAAAAAAUAAAGGCAAGAAAUGAUAAACAGAGUUUCUCUGUGACUUUGGAGCCUGUCCUGGAACUAGCUCUGUAGACCAGGCUGGUCUCGAACUCACAGAGAUCCGCCUGCCUCUGCCUCCCAAGUGCUGGGAUUAAAGGCAUGCACCACCACCGCCCGGCAUGUUACUAUAAUUUCAUGGCUUCACCACAGGACAGCUGGACAAGCCAGUCAGGACAACCGACCUCACCCUCUGCUGUCCACGGUGGUGCCUCUGAUCUGCAGACAUCAGGAGACCAGUUGCACCGCGUGCAAGACGACAGCAGGAACUUAGCACCCUUGACUCCCUGUGGUGCCUUGAGCCUCACAUCACCACAGUGUUUGUGGAUUCUGGGGGUUCCUAAUUCUCUUUACAAGUGAAAACCAUUUCAUGCUGCUUUAUAGUCUAACUUCUUUUUAAAGAUGUUUAUUUAAAUGCCAAAACUUUUUUUAUAUCUUUUAAAAAUUGUGUGGAACAUUUUGUGGAAAAGUAAAUAAUUGUAAACCUGUAACGUAAUGUCAGUCAGUUAUUUUUGAAAAUCUUGUAAAUCUUCAAAUCGAGAAGUUCUUAGGAAUCUCCAAAGAUCUUAAAAGAGUAAAGAAGUGGCGGGGCGAUGGCUCAUGGUUAAGAAGCUUUGCUGCUCUUGGAGAGGACUUCAGUUCACUUCCCAACAACCCAACGUGGGAUGCCUCACAACUGCUGGUAACUCCAACUUCAAGGGAUCCAGAGCCUCUGAUCUGAGGGCACCCACACUCAUAUGUACACACAGAGACAGACAGACAGACACAUACAUACAAAUUAAAAAUAAAAAAAAUAAGUCUUUUAAAAAAGAAGAGAAGAAAGAUUACCUGGAAGUCCUUUUCAUUGUAAAGCAAGCCCACCAGAGAUCCCAUCCGUGAGCUGUGUGGUGGCUCAGUUGGUAGUGCGUCCUGCUAGGCACUGAGACUUGGGUUUGAUCCCCAGCCCUGCAUAAACUGGUGUGGUGGUUCACACCUGUAAUCCCAGCACUCUGGAUGUGAGGGGAGGGGGUGAUAAGUUCGAGAUGAUUCUUUACGUAAUAGAGUUUCAGGUCAGCCUGAUCUGUGAGCCUGUGUCCCUAGAUCUGUAUAGAUAGCAUGUAUCUCUCUCAACACAUGUUGUCUAUAUGUAGCUAAGAUGAUAAUAAAUAUGUUUUAUAUAUCUUACCUACAUU